UGUUUGGUUUACUAUUAGAAGCAGGAAUUAGAAGGAAAAAUAAAGAAAUGUCUGGUAGAGGAAAGACCGGUGGAAAAGCGAGAGCCAAGGCGAAGUCUCGUUCAUCCAGAGCAGGCCUGCAGUUCCCAGUCGGUCGUGUUCAUAGGCUGUUGCGGAAAGGAAACUAUGCUCAGCGUGUGGGCGCUGGAGCCCCGGUCUAUCUGGCCGCGGUGCUCGAGUACCUGACUGCUGAAAUCCUAGAGCUGGCCGGGAACGCUGCCCGGGACAACAAGAAAACCAGAAUCAUCCCGCGUCACCUGCAGCUCGCUGUCCGCAACGACGAGGAGCUUAACAAGCUGAUGGGAGGUGUCACCAUCGCUCAGGGCGGAGUGCUGCCCAACAUCCAGGCUGUGCUGCUGCCCAAGAAAACAGAGAAACCAGCCAAGAGCAAGUAAAGCAUCACAAACGACCUGUGUAUUACACCAACAAAGUCUCUUUUAAGAGCCACUCACCUUUUCAAAAAGAGCAAUUUAUAUUCUGCUAACACUGGAGCAGUGCGUAGAUCUGCUUAAAACUCUGACGAGCUAAUAUUAAAUUAGUCAUACAUUGUUUGUAUCCAUCCCAAUAAAUUUUCUAUAACAGAAUGACAUUUUAAAUGUUCGCUUUGUUCUUGACAAAGGUUACAUCUUGGGGUAAUUACCAAAACCAGAAAAGAUUUCCAAAGGGCCACGUUUCACACCCUGUCCGCAACGACGAAGAUCUCAAGAUGGAGGCGCCACCAUCGCUCAGGGUGGGGUGCUGCUGCCCGAGAAGCCAGGCAAAAAGUAAACAGCUUCGUUUUGGAUUUAACACCUAAACCCAAAAGCUCUUUUCAGCCACCAUCCAAUUAAAAAAAAAAAGUUAAACACAGCACGUUUUGUUUAACAACCUACUCAAGACAAACACAAUCAGAUUACUUAUUUAUUCUGUGCAAGCAGUCAUCUGAAACACAAUUAAAAAUAAAU